CACAGCGACAGGGCGUUUCCGUUUCCCCUCGCGGCCUGUUCUGUCAGUCACCGCCUGCUGCGCAGUUCUAGCCGAAGCCGAACGGGACGCGUCCUCUCCCCGGUGCGCAGGCGGGAGAGGCCCGAGCUGAACGCGUAAACAUCAGGCGUGGAACGCAUGAUUUUAGAGGACUGGGUGCUGCAAAUGGAAGCGGAUGGUUUUGUGCGCAGGCGGCGGAUGACAGCGGACACAUCGGGCGGCGAUGCCGCGGUGGCCGGAGCUUCCGCGGGCGCGGAGAUACACUGGCUCGGCGGCAGGUUCUGGGGUGUUUCCGAGAGUCUCGUCGGCACUUUGACACCUCGAAUAGCAGGAGAAACGGAGCUUCAUGUUGGACAUUUCUAUGGCUCCCAGGAGGCCAAUGAUUCCUCGGAACCGGACUAUGAGGGUUUGCCCCAGGGCGCCUCCACCAGCACGCACAUGUUGGCAGGAGCAGUGGCAGGAAUCAUGGAGCAUUGCCUGAUGUUCCCUAUUGAUUGUGUGAAGACGCGCAUGCAGAGCCUUCAGCCAGAGCCAGCUGCCCGCUACCGUAACGUGAUGGAUGCUUUGUGGCAAAUCGUGAGGACAGAGGGAAUCUGGAGGCCAAUCAGGGGUCUGAAUGUUACAGCUGUAGGGGCGGGGCCAGCCCACGCACUUUACUUCGCCUGUUACGAAAGGUUGAAAAAGGUCCUCAGUGACAUCAUCCAUCCGGGAGCGAACAGUCAUUUGGCGAACGGGGCUGCUGGAUGUGUUGCCACAUUGCUUCAUGAUGCUGCAAUGAAUCCAGCCGAAGUGGUGAAGCAGAGGAUGCAGAUGUAUAACUCGCCAUACCGUGGCGUUCUGGACUGUAUGCGCUGUGUGUGGCAGCAGGAGGGGGCGUUGGCGUUUUAUCGCAGCUACACCACGCAGCUCACCAUGAACAUCCCGUUCCAGGCGUUGCACUUCAUGACCUACGAAUAUCUGCAAGAGCUGCUGAACCCCCAAAGACAUUACAACCCCUCCUCCCACAUGGUGUCGGGCGCGCUGGCAGGCGCCAUUGCCGCCGCCGCCACCACGCCACUGGACGUUUGCAAGACGCUGCUGAACACGCAAGAGUCUCUGGCGCUCGAUUCCGUCAGCCAGAGCGGAAGACACAUCACGGGCCUCGGCCAUGCCUUCCGGACUAUCUACAGGCUUGGCGGUCUUCCCGCUUACUUCAAAGGCGUUCAGGCCAGGGUCAUAUACCAGAUGCCCUCGACUGCCAUCAGCUGGUCCGUCUACGAGUUCUUCAAGAACGUUAUCACCAAACACCAGCAGGAGAAGCGCAGGAUCCAGAGGGACGGAGAGAAGUAAGCGCUCACACCUGGCCUGACCUUGGCUUUCUCUCGCAUAACCAACCAGAUAAGCACUCGAGCUGCAAAAGGACUGAUUUAAUAAAUGAUACGCACAUAUAGAGUCCAAACACUCAUGUCUGUUUACUUCCUUUCAUUUGGCAUUUAAUAGUGAAACUUUCCUGUAUAAUUCAACUAUUAAUCAUGACCUAAGUUCUCACUGUGAA